GAAUUUAUUUUAAUCAGCGAGAAUUUCAUCAGAAGGUUCAGUUCAAUUUAAACCGUCAAUCUAUGCAGAUUGUCAGCAAUCGCGAUUGGAUCAAUAGUUUUCAAGGAAAGUUACAGUUCUAAUUUUGAAAAAUGAAAGUUGAAAUAAUUUUAUUUCUGCAAUUAGUGACCUCCAUUGUAACGCUUCCUACUGGACUCAAUAAAGAAGGAAGCAAUCAGGAUUUAAGGUUGCCUGAAGAUCCUAAGGUUGACAAACAUCAAACAAAACGGCACUUACAUCAUCCUGGAGUAACAAUAGUUGAACUAGUGGAAUCCGAUUCACCGCACCAAUUAAACUCCAAUAAUUUGGGAAUAGGUCGAUCACUAUCAAACGACCUCGAGUCAAGUCCGAAUAUAAACGGACACCAAAUUCGAUUCCCAGGGUUCGAAAUACGUAACGAUGAAGCCAAUGGUCCACAAGCUGAAGUGUAUGAUUCCCCAAUCCACCAAGAUGGAGGUGUUAGUUCAUUUCAGGUAUCCCAAGUACGUCCCGUCGAAUACCUCAAGCCAGGUCCUAGAAAUUUAAUUCUCAACAGUCCGGGCCGCCAAUUAAUUGAAGGCACUCAAACAGUAGUAACUGAUCCUCUUGAAUCGGUGACUCUUUUAAACGUUAACUCAAUCCCCAAUUACGUUUAUCAUAGUUUUCAAGGACGAGUGGUUCCUUUGGUAGAAACAUUUGGUCACGCUCUUCCAAAUUCAGCUAAUCCUCUCUCCCGAACUAGUCAACAGCAGGUACCGAUACAGACCGCAUCAGUUUACUACACCAGCCAACCUAAUGCCAACAACAUUUUUUCACCGGAUCUCAAUAUUCGUCAAAUAAUUCCCAGCCCCCAGGAGGUCCUUAACUCCGCGCUAAACAUUGGAAACCGAAUAAUCGAAAUAAUCCCAGGAUACCGUUUGACUGCAAACGUGGUAGGCCUGCUCGGAAAUAUCACCCGUACUGGCGCAACAAUUCUCAAUAACCAGUUACAAUCGCAACUGAAUACAGUUCCUUAUCGCCCGAUUCCCCAGCGUCCAGUACGACCUGUCUCGGGUAAUGUUCCAGUAUUUCCUGUUCCAGUUCCACCUCCUACAGUUCCCACAGAUCCGCCUACUAAACCUAGUAAAGUGUCUUCAACGUCCGCUACUACACAGGCUUCAGAGCCUUCUAACAACGAAAGUGAGCAAUUGGUCACACCCACAUUGGAUAAGGUACCAGGGAAUGCAGAAGCUGGAUUCGAAGAGAACCAAAAUCAGGAAAUACAAGAAGAGUCUCAAACCAAAGAUCAGGAUGAACCUCAAGAUGAAACCCGCGUUUCUGACCCGGAUCAAUCGGAUGAACUAAAUAGCGAAAAUUCUGUUUCGUCAGAGGGAAAUGACACCGUAGGAGAUUACAAUAAUCCAGUGGCAACCGAUGAAGGUACUGAAGAAAUGGGCUUUAGUGUGACAGGGGAUGAUGAGACCAGUGAUGAAGAAGCGACUCAGUCUAAUUCAGAAUAAGAUGAAGAAUAUUUGAUUUUCUAAUUAUUUAUUUAUUAAAAUAUUUUAUUUAUUACGUACCUAAUAGUGGUAGACAUUGUUAGUUUGACAUUUUUGAGAAUAAAAGUAGCGUUUGUCAACA